AUGGAGGAAGAAACCGAGGCCCUUUUAUACGAAGAUUGGAUCGCCAAGUACGAUGCAACGGGUAGUGAGCGUAAAAAGAGGAAGGAGCAGUUUGUAAAGGAGUUUUUGGACAGAAGCAAAAAAGCCAAAAUUGGCCCAAUUAUUGAGGCCGUCGCACAUCCACCUCCACCAGCGCCAAAACCUGUGGUUAUUCCCGCACGUGAGCCGAGCCCGAUUCUUGAGCGAAAUGAUGUCUUCCAUGAGCUUUUAGAGGUAAGAAUUUGAGUUAUUUCUCUUCUGCUUUUAGGUAUUGCAUUGUCGUAUAUGUCAGAUGUUGUCUACUCAAUUUUUUGGCCUAUUUCGAUGUUUUCAGAAGAAUAUAGAACUUCAAAAGCAAAACGAGGCGAUAAAACAAAAGAUGGAAGGAUUGCAAGCCCGGUUGGACGCUUACCUUCGCGGAAGCCCACUUUUGACCGCGAUCAGCGAUUAUGAGGGUGCAAAACAAGAUCAAAAGGUUGACGUUCAACAUGCAGUUGUGAGCCUUUUGUCUUUGGCAGCGCCGAACCUAAAAGGACGACAAAUUUUCCCGGUUUUGAAAGAUAUUCUUCUAAAUUUCCAAGGCGCAAAUCACUUUGUUGAGCAAGGAACAAGCACAGAAGAGAGGCCGGCAAUCGCUAGGCGGGAGCGUCAAGCUCGAUCCGAUUUAGCGAAUCGAGUUGCGGACUUUCUGGAACAACCCAUUCCACCCAAAUAUUUGAGGAGGGCUAAAGAAGAAAUGAAUUUGGACGAAUAUCGGGAGAGCCUAGAAGAUUUAGAUGAAGAAGAACUCGAAAAAGAGGAAGAAAAGAAUCGAAGAGCUGAUGAUGAGCUCGCGGAAAGAUUACGAGAACUAACGCGGAAGAUAAAAGAAGCCGAUACGAAAGAGAAAAAGGUAAAAAGUUCGAGUUUUUUUUUUUGGAUUUUCAAUUUUUAGGCAGCGGUUCAAAGGCCAUCCAGCGAAGCGAUGCGUCAACGAUAUAUCAGCAGGAUUCAGCGAUUACCGGAUACUAUAAAGUCCUCAGUCAACCGACCAGCUGCGACAGCCACGCUAAACGAGUCUCGGUACUGUUUCCCUCCAAAAAAGGCGGGUUUUGACAACCGUCUAACUGCAUUGAGUAGCACUCUGAACGCGAGGAUGUCGACGAGGACGAAAAUUAAACAAGAGCAAGAUGAGGAGUUAUGA